AUGUCACAGAAAUGCCACGGAGCAGCACGUCAGAAAUCAGCCAUCAAAUAUUGUACGGUAGACAUCCCAGAGAUGCCCCCGUGCAGUUUCAAACCAGAGGAAUACAAGGGUAUGUCCAAAGAGCAGAUGAUGGAGAUCUGCAAGCAGAACUGCAACCCCAUGACCACGAAGAUAACUUACUAUAAGAAGCCCGUGUUCAUCCACCAGGGCUACAUGCAGUGGCUGUGGGAUGUGGAUGGGAAGCGAUAUUUGGAUUUAUUUGCCGGUGUGGCUACCGUCAGUGUGGGCCACUGCCACCCAAAAGUCACAGCUGCGAUACAGAAGCAGCUGAAGAAACGAUGGCAUACUACUAACAUCUACAUCCAUCCUGAACUGCAUGAGUAUUGUGACAAACUGGCCUCCUACUUACCUGAUCCUCUUAAGGUGAUUUAUCUGACCAACAGCGGCUCGGAAGCCAAUGAGCUUGCGAUGCUGAUGGCUCGCCUCCACACUGGCAACUUUGAUAUAAUCACCUUCAGGUAAACGUUUUAUGAUGUUAUCUUUGUUCUGUGUUAACCAUUAACUGUCAGACUGACCCAGCUGACUUGGUUUCUGCCCAAUAAACAGACCAUGUGCCCUGAUGUGUUUAGAGGUCCUUGGGGAGGAAGCUACUGCAGGGACUCCCCUGUGCAGUCCAUCAGACAGUGUAGCUGUGCUCAAGGUGCUUGCAUAGCAAAUAAACAUUACAUUGAACAGUUAGAAGAGACAUUUGCUACCAGCGUUCCAAGUCAAAUUGCAGCUUUCUUUGGAGAGCCUAUUCAGGGCAUGGGAGGAGCUGUACAGUACCCGAAAAACUAUCUCAAGGAAGCUUACAAACUUGUAAGACAGAGAGGAGGAAUCUGCAUUGUUGAUGAGGUCUAGACUGGAUUAGGCCGAACGGGAAGCCACUUUUGGGGUUUCCAAGGUCAUGAUGUCAUUCCUGACAUGGUUACAAUGGCAAAGGGUAUUGGCAAUGGAUUCCCAGUGGGAGCUGUUGUUACCACACCAGAAAUUGCUGCUUCCUUUGUGAAAGCCUCCCACUUCAACACAUUCGGAGGAAAUCCCUUGGCGUGUGCCAUUGCUUCAUCAGUUCUCGAUACUAUCAGAGAGGAUAGCACACAGCACAACAGUCUUCAUGUGGGCACCUAUCUGAUGACGCAAAUGGCUGAACUCAGAGACAAAUAUGAGAUUAUCGGUGAUGUCUGUGGAAAAGGCCUCCAGAUCGGCGUGGAAAUGGUUAAAGACAAGGGCAGCAGAGAGCCGCUGCCUCCUGAAGCAAUGAGUGAGAUCCUUGAGGACAUCAAGGACAUGGGAGUCCUGAUAGGCAAAGGAGGAGUGUACGGACAGACCUUCCGCAUACAACCCCCCAUGUGCAUCACGAGGGAGGAUGUAGAUUUCUUCCUGGCGGUGUUUAAUAAAGCAAUCUCGGGCUACACGGACAGAAAAUGAGCAGGUCAAUGCUGAGGAGUGAACUGGAAUGGAAAACCAUUCAGCAAGGGACUUCUCCUUUAAAAAAAAAACAAUUAAAAAUGUAUUGUCUGAAUGUUUCAAAUUAUAUAAAAAUGGCUCCACUGAAAUCAGUCUUUUAUAGUCACUGAUUUUUACUGUUUCUCUAACUUCGAUGUCAUUUUGCUCACUUCCGAUUGAAUGACUAAACAUUUUUGUGAUCAGCCUGUAAAAAUAUUUGAGAUGAACCGACCACAAAAUUACAGUUUCAUUUUGUUUUUGUCUUCCCGAUAAAACUGCAAACAUACGAUGAAAUGAAUGCAUGAUUUUUAUUCUUUUUUUUAGACACAUCCAACAAGCUGUUCGCUGUUACACACGAUUCCCAGAGGCAUUAAUGGAAGCAAGAAGCACUCCGAGAGUGCAAACCUCCACCAUGAGCAGUAUUUACUUAUAAGAGAAUAGUGUUGUAUUUCAUGUAUAUACUCAUUUCAUUAUCUAAAACAUACUGUAAGAAGUUUAUAUGGCAGUAAAAAUCAGAUACGGGCAACAUGACAGAUGUUUACAUUGAUUACAGAGACAUUAUGUAGGAGUAGGUCAUGGAUAAUAGGUAUUACCUCAUUCCUUUUUCUCUUUCUGAUGCUUUCUUUAAAGAUCUAACACCUUUUAGGGUCAGCUUAAACAAAAGGCAGAUGUGGGAUUGUGAAAUGUUAAAGUGAGGUCAGAGGUCAAAUGUGACAUGUUUGGUUGGAGCCUAUAAUGUGAUAUUUAUGAUCCCCAUGUGCCAGAAUCAUUUCUGAAAUGGUGCCGAUAGAAUCAGAAGCAGUUUCAUUUGUAGCAUAGUUUUAACGGUUAAAACAAAAAUAUUUUUAAACGUUUGACCCUGAAGAAGAGGUAAGAGGUCCAAUGUAACAUAUUUAGAAUCCCCAUAUAUCAUUGCCUGAUCACUGAUCAGGCCUAAGAUUCUGACCGCUGAGACGUGAAGUCGAUAACACCGAUUAUCUCCUCAUUGUGGCACCUGUUUGCAGAUGAGCUAUACCAGGGAGCAGAUGAACAUUUUGUCCUCAAAGAUGAAGCAGGAACAAUGGGCAAGUAUCAAGAUUUGAGCAGGUUUGACAGGGGCCAAAUUGUGAUGGCGACUGGGUCAGACCAUUUCUGCACUGAUCAGUAUUGAUCAAAAGUGGUCCAAGGUAGAAACAGUGAUGAACCAAUGACAGGGUCACAGGUGGCCCAGCUCACUGAUGCAUGCAGGGAACAAAGAUUCCACAGAUGG